UGUGGGUGUUGGGAACUGAACUUGUGUCCUCUGCAAGAACAAGUGCUCUUAAUUGCUGCUGUCUUCUUAGUCCCAGGAAGAGCUUUUGGACUUACACAUAUUGUUGGAAGUGAGGCUAGCUUGGUCUACCUACCAGCCUGGUGCAGAAGGUAGUGGUGAAUUUGACUAGUCUCUUGAAGAGAAGCAAGGACAGAGGUAGGCUAGUACUGCUGGUGCUGAUGAUAUAGAUAGGGUGGGGCUUCUUACGUUCUUUUCUACUCAUGAUCCCCUUUUGUCUGAUAAAAUAUAACCCUGGGUAUAAAAUUAUAUCAAAUAGGUAUAUAAAUAAAAAGUUCACUGAUGUUAAGUCAUAGUGAAAUGGACGCUAAACAAUCUUUUGAAGAUGAAAUACAUAAUAAUGAGUGAACUUUUGCAGAAGGAAUCACGUGGUGGCUGACUAUCUGAUGCUACGGCAUGUAGAGAACAUCUUUAGUGUUUUCUGAGCUGAGUGUCAUGCUGAGACCCUGCUUUGCAUAAGUUUGUAAUACAAAAUGGAAAAGAAUGUUCAGGACUAUUUUAGGAAUUGUUGGAUAGUCUGCCAUAAUCCCAAGUUAAAAUUCACUUAAUGAUUGUGUGUAUGUAUUUGUGUGGAUGUAUAUACAUGCAUGUGUGAGGGCAUUUUUGUGGAUAUGUGGAUAUGUAUGUGAGUAUGUGGGUAAACUCAGGUGUGCAUAUGGAGGCCAGAGGUUGACAUUGGAUACCUUCUGUUAUUUCUCUUCACCUUGUUGUUGACAGAGGGUCUUUCACUGAACCUAGUGUUGGAGCUGAACUUAAGCCCCUGGAAUCCACCUGUCUCUACAUAACCAGUGCCAGGGUUUUAUGUGGGUUCUAGGGAGCCUGAACAUAGAUUCCAGAGCUUGCACAGCAAGUAAUUUAUUUGCUGAGGCAUCCCCCACUUUGUGCUGGCAUUCUGGAUAUUUAAUGCUAUGCCUGGCUUUUACAUAGGUCUGGAGAUCUGAACUCAGGUCCUCAUGCUUGUGUGUCAAGAAUUUUGCCAACUAAGCCAUCAUCUCCCUAGCCCAAUUAAUGAAACCUGCCAGGCAGUUGUGGCACACGCCUUUAAUCCCAUCACUCAGGAGGUAGAAGCAGGUGGAUCUCUGAGUUCAAGGCCAGUCUGGUCUGUAUAAUGAGUUUCAGGACAGCCAGGGCUACACAGAAACCUUGAAAAAAACUCAAGUUGGCAAAUCAAACAGCAGAUUUAUUUUGAAGUCAAGCAUUCUAACACAAUGCAAUCCAAAGAUGUACUCACAUACUUCAGGCAGCCAUGUUGCUGUUGCUGUUGGGGCAUGAAAGCAUGCGCAGUACAGACAGCACAUGUUGUGUUUCAGACCAGGCUGCAGGGAAGUCACACAAUGCAACAUGGACGAACUGUCAGAACUACUUCUGACUCAUGAUGCAUUUGAUUUUGGAUUAAUUUUUGUUUCGCAUUUAGAAACCUUUUGCCAUUAUGAACUUUUCAUGUAUUUGCACACUGGGUUUCAGCACACAAUUUAAGAAGCUGUGGUGCCAGGCGUGGGCACAGGGUUAAGUGUGGAAGGGCAGCUUGCUGUAGUGGCAUAGUGUAGAUCGUGGGUGUGAGAUGGGUUAAGGGGGUUGAUGUUAGGGGCCUCUGAGGAAGAUAUCGAGCAUUCCUGUCAUCCCCACUCUGUCCUGUGCGUGGUCUUGUCCUCAUGGUGACAUGUCUCCUGCCAUUUACCUCACCCUAGAUUUUGGGUGAAGUAAACAUAAUAUGAUUUAAUGGUAUUUCAUUGAGCUUAUUUCACAGAGCAUACUUAUAGCCAUCUGGUCGGAUGCAAGUACAGAGGAAGAUUGCAAGUCUCACUGAGCUGCUUGCACUCUUAGAAUGGGUUAGAACUAACUGGUGGGCACGGGCACUAGAGGGAAGACCUGCUUUCUGGAGAGGAAGAAAAGCAAAGAAAAGAAGAGGUGGUGCUAAGGAUGACCAGCAUCCCAGUAAAGGACCGAGUGAGGGUGUCUCAGAACUGGAGACUGGGGCGCUGCCGACAGGGGACUCUGCUCAAGUGGAGAUGUGGUCAGAUGCCCUGGAUGCAGCUGAAGGAUGCUUCCCUGUACAUAUCUCAGGCUAAUUCCAUCCUGGCCUACCAGUUCCGUCCAGAUGGUGCCAGCUUGAACCGUCGGCCCUUCAGAGUCUUCGCUGGGCAUGAUGAGGACGUUUGUCACUUUGUGCUGGCGGACUCACAUAUCGUCAGUGCAGGAGGAGAUGGGAAGAUUGGUGUUCAUAAGCUUCACAGCACCUUCACUAUCAAGUACUCAGCUCAUGAGCAGGAGGUGAACUGUGUGGACUGCAAAGGGGGCAUCAUUGUGAGUGGCUCCAGGGACAGGACAGCCAAGGUGUGGCCUUUGGCCUCGGGCCGGCUGGGGCAGUGCUUACACACCAUCCAGACUGAAGACCGAGUCUGGUCCAUUGCCAUCAGCCCGCUACUCAGCUCUUUUGUGACAGGAACAGCUUGUUGUGGGCACUUCUCACCUCUGAGAAUCUGGGACCUCAACAGUGGGCAGCUGAUCACACAUCUGGGCAGUGAUUUUCCCCCAGGAGCUGGAGUCCUGGAUGUCAUGUAUGAGUCCCCCUCUACACUGCUGUCCUGUGGUUAUGACACAUAUGUUCGCUACUGGGACCUCCGCACAAGUGUCCGGAAAUGUGUCAUGGAGUGGGAGGAGCCCCAUGACAGUACCUUAUACUGCUUACAGACAGAUGGCAACCACUUGCUGGCCACAGGCUCCUCCUACUAUGGUGUUGUGCGGUUGUGGGACAGGCGCCAGAGGGCUUGCCUGCAUGCCUUCCCGCUGACAUCGACCCCGCUCAGCAGUCCUGUGUACUGCCUGCGAUUCACCACCAGGCAUCUCUACGCUGCGCUCUCUUACAAUCUCCACAUCCUAGACUUUCAAAACCCAUGACAAACCACCCUGCCUUUGAGCUGGGCGAGUACGCUACUCAGGGACCUCUCUUGCCUGGCAGGUGAAGUGACUGAUACCUCACUGUCUUCCCAGCCCUGCUGUGCUCCUAGACCCGUGGCCACGAUGCCCCAGCACCUGAAACGCUACCUUUUACACGCUGGGGCUGACUAAUGCAGGCCCUGCCAGGACCUGUGGUCUUAGGAGAAUGGACCUGAACUCAAGAUGUUUACAAUCGGGCCAAAGGAAGGGCCUGGACUGGCAAGGCCAACCCUGUCACCAGAUCCUGCACAGAGCUACAGCAGCCUACAGUGAGCGGAGGGACUCCCAGCAUCCCGGCUAGAGAGGCGCAGUUGCUAGAACUUCUGCUGGUACAGCCGCCACCUCCUCAGGCAGGCGUUAACUUCUUGGAGUUGGGGGCUCCCUUCUGAGGCACUAGCCUAGGUUUCCUUUGAAACUAAGGAAAAGGACACCUGUCACUUUGGGGUUCUGGGCUAGCCAUUCCUCAGGCCAGCUUGGGAAAUGUGCUGUGAUUUUCAAUUUUAUAAAAAUAAAAUUUGGUUGUGCACAAA